AUUUGUGGCAUUUACGGGGACAUUCUAGUCCAAAUAAUCCUGUGAGGGGAGGACAGUCCCCGGCCCUCGUUUCCUGCUCUGUACGGUGUGGUCCGUGGGAGGAGAAAAAGGGAGAGAUGGUUCCUUGCCUUUCCUUCCCCUUUGUCCCUUCCCAUCCUGCCCCAAAACCUAGGGUGUACAUCCGUCUCUACUGAUUUGAUCUGGAAGCUCUCCGAUCCGAGAUCGUUCCUCCCGGGUCUCUUUAGUUAAGCUUUUGCAAAGAUGGACAAUCUCUGGCAAUUAGGGAAUGAGUUCCGAGGCCAAUCGAAGGUCUUGGAGGACCAUCAGUGGUCCAUUAUCACUUCAAAACUGGCUGAGCUGACAAGGUCAAAGCCUGAGCGCAUGAACAACCCUGAUUAUACAAGGAACCCUGUUGAAACAAAACCAUGGGACAAAUUGGGCUUUCAGGAGGAUAACAAAUUUGAGAAUCUCAAUCCUAGUCUUAUGAAUCUGAAUCUCAAGAUGAAUGAGGCAACAGUGAAGAGUCCCUUCCGUAAUAAUGUUUAUAACAUGAACCCAUUGUACCAGAAAAGCAACACUAACAGUGUCAACAGUUUCAAGAUGAACGCUGGGAUCAACAAGUAUGCUAGUAACAUUAGUGGCAAAGAGGUCAACAAUCAUAACAGCAGCAACAGCAACAAUAAUAGCAGCAAUAGCGGCAGCAGCAACAACAAUAAUAACAAUAAUGCUGCUGUUGACAAGCGAUUCAAGACAUUACCUUCAACGGAGAUGCUACCAAGAAAUGAAGUUCUUGGUGGUUAUAUCUUUGUGUGCAACAAUGACACCAUGCAAGAAGAUCUCAAGCGACAGCUGUUUGGCUUGCCUCCAAGGUACCGUGAUUCUGUCCGGGCAAUUACUCCUGGGUUACCUCUUUUCCUGUAUAAUUAUACAACUCAUCAACUUCAUGGGAUAUUUGAGGCUGCUAGUUUUGGGGGUUCAAACAUUGAUCCAACAGCUUGGGAAGACAAGAAGUGUAAAGGAGAGUCUAGGUUUCCUGCUCAGGUGAGGAUCCGUGUUAGAAAACUCUGCAAGCCUUUAGAAGAGGAUGCUUUUAGGCCAGUUUUGCAUCAUUAUGACGGUCCAAAGUUUCGACUUGAACUCUCCAUGACGGAGACUUUGUCGCUACUGGACUUGUGCGAAAAAGAAGGCAUCUGAGUCUAUAUAGGGGGAGAUGAUCUGUUUGAGGCUUCUGGCGAUGUAGUAGAUAUAUGCAUAUGCAUGUUUUUGGGGUGUAGGUCAGCUUUGCCUUCUCAUAAGGUUUUCAGUGAAGCCCAAGCUUGAAAGGUCUGCGACUUGGGUUGUAUUUCCAAGCAGAAGGAUCUGGUGCUUUGAGGGCCACGAAGGUAAGAGCCAGUCAGUCCAGUUUCUGAUACCUUGGAAAUGCAAGUGUUACAUAUGUAAGUAGGAUUCCUGAGUGAAAGGAAUAGAACCCUGUAAUCUCUCUGUCAUGAUACUCCAAAAUGAGGCUAGUGCAUGGGAACUGUAUUGCCGCUGCUGGUCGUUUAGUGUGUGUCUUUCUUUCUGGACAUAUGGUAUUUCUGGAUGCAACUGCUGCAGAUAUGUUGUCUCUUUUUUGUU